AUGUUUCAGCAGCUCCACACGGAGAGAGUCCGAGGCGGCUCAAAUUUGACCACAGGCAGACAGACGGAGCUGAGAGGAGCUGAGAGGACCAGACCUCCAUACACUCCAGUGUGCUCUGUGUGUGUCUGUGUGUGCGCAAGGCAACUACCUGCGAGGACCUCCCCCAAAUCUGACCACAUGCCUGCUCGGUUGAGAAGUAGUCAGGCACGCGGUCCGCUGGGGCGGAACAUCGCAAACAUUCUCGCGCCAAAUGCAGCCCCGGUGUCCCUCUGGACUUCAGUGACCGGCACAUCUAACGAGCGACCGCCAGGAUUGGCGAGGCGGCGCCACCGCGGCUGGCUCAACUCUGUAGCUUGUGGGAACUGCGCACUGGCUGGCCACGGGGGCUGCAGCGUUGCCACAUAG